GCGUGGGGAGGGGGGGGGGGCUGGAGGAGGGGAGCAGAGCGGAGCUGGGGGGGAGACGCCCAGGCGGAUCAUGGACGUCGAGAGGCUGCAGGAGGCUCUGAAAGAUUUUGAGAAGAGAGGGAAGAAGGAAGUGUGUCCAAUACUGGAUCAGUUUCUUUGUCAUGUUGCUAAGACUGGAGAGACAAUGGUUCAGUGGUCUCAGUUUAAAGGCUAUUUUAUUUUCAAACUGGAGAAAGUAAUGGAUGAUUUCAGAACCUCAGCUCCUGAACCAAGAGGACCUCCCAAUCCAAAUGUGGAAUAUAUUCCCUUUGAAGAGAUGAAAGAGAGAAUUCUAAAAAUUGUCACUGGAUUUAAUGGCAUCCCCUUCACCAUUCAGCGACUCUGUGAGCUGCUAACAGAUCCUAGGAGGAAUUACACAGGAACAGACAAAUUCCUAAGAGGUGUGGAAAAGAAUGUCAUGGUUGUCAGCUGUGUAUAUCCAUCUUCAGAGAAAAAUAAUUCCAAUAGUUUAAAUCGGAUGAAUGGUGUUAUGUUCCCAGGAAAUUCACCAGGGUACUCUGACAGAUCAAAUGUCAAUGGUCCUGGGACUCCCAGACCAGUCAAUCGGACGAAGGUUUCUUUGUCAGCUCCUAUGACAACAAACGGUUUGCCAGACAGCACGGAACAUAAAGAAUCAAGCUUGCAGCAAACAGAAGAUAAAAAACACAGUGAAUCACCAGCAUCUGAAUCAGAAGGGGCUCAGAGCAGCCCUGUGAAAAAUAAGCACUCUGAAGAUGAUCCUGCAGAAGCAGAAGGGCAUGAGGUAAAAAGACUUAAAUUUGACAAGGAAGGGGAAACCAGAGAUGCACCUAACCAAACUGCCUCCAGUGAAGCUUCUUUAGGCACAGGAGAAGACACAGAAACAUCCUCUACAUCUCAGGAGAAAGAAAAAGAGGCCACUUGUGCCAGACAGCACUGUACGGAGGAAGAGGAGGAAGAGUCCUUCAUGUCUCCCAGAAAUGCUGGUUCUGACAGAAAAGAUCAAGAAAAAGACACUGAACCCUCAACUGUGAAUGAAGACACCUCUGAGGAGAACAAUCAAAUGGAGGAGUCUGAUCAGUCUCAAGCAGAGAAGGAUUUACACUCGGAUGACAGUGAAAUCAGUGGAUCUGCCAGUAGUGGAGCUGACUGCAGUGGAACAGAAGAGUUAGAGCCCUACGCUAGCGAACCUCCAGAGAUUUCAUCAGAGACCCCUAUGGAAAACAGUGAUGAAACCACAGAAGUUGCAGAUGAACCUAUGGAGCAAGACUAAUUAAAACCCUUAGAUGCAGUAUUUUCCAUAAGGCUCCGGUUUUACACUGUAUAAAUAAUUUUAUGUAAUAAAGUGGACCUUUAGUUUUACAGAAAAAAAAAGAAAAAAAAAGAAGCAGCAGGUUGUAAAAUAAAAACUUCUCCAUGGAUUGAACCUUGAAAGAGUUGUACAUGAUAAGAACUGUGAAUACCAGCUCCUUCAGGUCCUGCUUACCGCUGAACUUUCGUUUGGUCAAAUCAGUGGUUUGUGUAUAGUUUUUUUUAUUUAGAAUAAAAGUUUUUAAACUGGAAGGUGAUUAUAAUUUUGACAACUUUUUUGGAGAUUACCACACCUAGUUGUACGUAAGCAAGGAAGCUUUUUCUUUCUUUCUUUCUUUCUUUCUUUUUUUUUCUUUUCCCUUUGUCUCGUCUUUUUUUUCUGACAGCUCUAGCAGUUGCUUCACCUUUUGGUUACAGUUUCAACAUUUGACAUGUGAAAUAUUGGGGUUUCAUGCUGGUUUCCAGAUUUUUAUUCGAAUACACAGGAGGAAACCUUGGGUUGUGUGUUUAAAGUGUGUUCCGUUUCGCACACAUGUAUGCACGCAUGCACACGUAUGUGUACCCUCACCGUUCUAAGGGGGGAAGUGGUCUAUUCUUCUGUUUCUAUACAAGAUAACUACAGCAAAUACUUUUUUCUAUAGGAAAAGACUGAAUUCACCUCUCAAGGCACUUUGCCUCUGGAAAAAAACAACAACAAAACCAAAACAAAACCAACAACAAACCAACCAAACGAAAUCUGGCCCAUAUGAAACCCUGGAAAUACUGAGGUGGUUGAGAACACCAGAGUUAAACACAUUCCAAGAGAACUGUUCAGAUGACAACACUUUUGUAUACUUCUGAGGUGCCUGAGUGAAAGGAGUUCGUUUAUUUAUGAGCAAAUGUGCUUUCCGUUGAGAACGUUGUAAUCCAAACCUUAGCUUAAACUUUUGUAGAAGAAACGUUUGAACACACGCUAAGAAACUUACCUUGGAAGACGCAGACAGGUACUUGCCUUGUGAGGGCUUCUCGGAGCGUUGUGAAUAUGGUAGAGAAGCCUCAAAGUUACUCUGAGGUCUGCAGGUGGCAUCGGUAUGAUCACAGCACUCUGCUGGAAGGAUUCAUACAUGACCGUAGUUAUGUACCUGAGCUAAACAGCUGAAAGGUUUAAAAGGGUGCAUAGAAAUCACCACGAUUUGUAUAACAUUUUGGAAGUGAACUAAAUAUUUUUGAACACGCUACUUUGACAGCCAGUGUUACAGUUUAUUUUGUUUGGGUUUGGGGUUGGUUU